GACUUGACGCUAAUAGAAGCCAAACUUGAUUUUAAUGUGUCACUUUUUAAUUUCCAAGAUAUUAGUCAGCCAGGUUAGUUUAGUGAACCCUUGUCGUGUGUUUUUUUUUUAUAAAUCUGCGUACACUGCGAUGAACCGCUGGAUGGCUGUUGGUGGCGGUUAGCAUUAGGCGCUAAGCUAAAUCGUUAAUAAUAAUAACAAAGACUGUAAUCAAUCAAUCAAUUAAUCAGUCGAGCAGAACAGAUCAUUGGCUAAGAGGUUAAAAUGUACCGUGUCGCUAUACUGCUAACUAUGGGGCAUACCUGCAUUUGGAUUUGCUUCUUUUUACACCAGGCACCACCUCGACCAAUAUUAAAAUACAAUAGCAUAGCAGAACCAAGCGUUCUUCAAAAACAAAACCUAGAUCGAUUCCUCAAAGUAUAUUUAAUAUUAUUGUAAACUACUGUAACAUGCUCACUUUUUUAAACGUUUUUAAAGAUAAAUAGCCCCCCAAAAGGACUCGACACACUACAGAAAAGAGGAACGUUAACAAGCCCAGCAAUCAAUGAAUGGAUACAAACAAACAAACAAACAAACAAAGCAAAGUAGAGUAUUGGAACGGCAUGGUUUCAAUAUCAUGGAAAAGUUGAUCUAUUUCCAUAGUUCCAUUCAAAAACUUAAAACUUUCAUAGAUUAUAAAUUCACGACCCACAAUUUAAACAAUUUCAAGUAUCUAUUUGUUUAUUUUUGACAUAAUUUGGGCUUCCAGCUCAUAAAACCCACAAAAUCAAGAAUUCAAAAAAUGUGAAUACUGUGAAGAAAUCAGCCCAAAUUUUGCAGGCCAUAAAUGUUUUAAACGGAGUAUCAGACAGUAAUCAUCUGCUAGACUCCAAGCGCCUGCACGGGUUUCCCCGGGUGUCGUUAAAUUGCUUCAAUUGUCUCAGUUGGGGUGGCACAAUGUUUCUGUCAUCAACUGCUGUCAAUACCGUUGGCCGACCUAUUCGAUGUCUGUUGCUCUGCACGCCGACGGUUUCUUUCUUUUUCAGGACAUUCCAAACAGUUGCAUUGGCUACGCCCAAUGUUUGUGCACUAGCUCUGAUCGAUUGUCCGUCUUCUCUCUGGUCUUCGGCAAAAACAUGCUCUCGCUCAUGUUUAAGCAAGCAAUCAAUCGAGCUAGAGCCACCCAUCAGUCACAUGUUCCAAUACUUUUGCUCACUUGAAAAGUGGGUGGCUUCAAACAAAAGCUGCUCUGUCCUGAGUUGUUGAGCACAUCUAGAAGUGAAUAGCACCGAAUAAAAGCUGGAAUUCUCAACUUUUGUCCCAUAUUCAUCUUUUGACCUGAAAGCCAAAUGUCUUCAGUAGACAACAAAAACAAAGGAAUUGACCUUGGCGUUCCGAUACGGACGGUAUAUCUGCCCGAUUCAAUCCUAUGCGAGCGUAGGCCAUGCGGUCACCAGAUGGUCACGUGGCGUCUCGGUUGGCGGGUUAUUCACGCUUAUUUCCGUUCAUUCAUAAAUGCGAGCGUGGCGUCGCGUUAUGGGCUGCGCAUACAGAUCGCCAACGAAGGAUUCUUCGGGUUUCGACGGCAUCCCGAAGACACGCGAAGCUCCUGGAACGCUUGCGUGACGACGCGUUCCGUCACGCAAGCGGAAGCAUACCGACCGAUCUUGUUUGCUUUCGGCACGUUAUUGAGUCAUGCUAAGACGUUGAACUUUAUAAGAACUUGUUUUGCAAUAUAAUAUUGUGGUGUUAGAUAUCAUAUUGUUCCGAUUUAAUGGUAUCUGGCACAAAGCUAAAUCCCACAUUAGCUAAUAAGUCGCAUCUCGCUCUUAAAUACUCGAUGCCUCCGUUACUUUUGGUGAUAUUUGACCUCUUAAGUCGGCCUAAUAUCGUAUCCGAAAUACAAAUGGAGAUGUUUCGCCGUCGGGACUUUUUCCAGUCAACAAUUGGAUGAUUGACACUGACUUCUAUGCGUCAAGAUGUCGAUCUAAUAUAAUAAUAAUCAUCUAUCCCCUCAGUCAGGAUUUGUAUCGGAGGCGAAUUGUGGUUGCUGCUGUUGUGCAGAAGCCUUGCUCGGCAUCAGCCGGCACAAACUUGGCGAUUCGAAAGCCACAAAACGAGCUUUCGUAGCCAAAAUUACUUGGAGGUGAAUGGGACGCCUACCAAACCAUAUUCAUGCGCACACGCCAGGAUGACGUCACGAAGAGGUUUUGCAAACGCUCCCGUAUUGUUCUCAGUUUCUGCACGUUUUCAGCACUUAUCUUCAAACAUGUUUAAUUUAUUUAGAAACAAAAAAAGGAUUUAGUUUUUGGUGCGCUUUAAAGAAUUAGUUUCAAACGUAUUGCACAUGAAAGUUAAAUGAUAUUGUGACUUAAAUACAACUUUAAAAGCCAACGAUUCUUCGAGAUUAAAUGAGACUAUAUUGUAGCGAAAUGCGACUGAACUGUGCUUUGGCGAUGAUUCUUUCACGUUCCAGCAGAGGAAGACUCGAUGAUAAAGUGUACAAGACAUACGUGAUUCCGUGUGUGUGUGUGUGUGUUGUGGCCUCGGAGCAGCAGCGGGAAGAAAAACAACUGGAAGCGUCGCUGGAGUCGCUCAUCACGCAAGUGGCGCACAUCAAAAAUGCUCUUCACUCGUUCAUCUUCAAGCUGGAGAACGAGUACGAGCGGCUCACGUGGCCGUCGGUGCUGGACAACUUCGCUCUGCUGUCGGGUCAGCUGAACACCAUCAACAAGCUGCUGAAGAACGACAAGACGCCGUCGUUCCGGAACCAGCUCAUCAUCCCGCUGCUGCUCUCUCAGGACCGCGACGACGAUCUGGCGAAAGUGACGGAGCAGCGCGUGCCCGUCUUCAGCCACGAGAUCGUCCCCGACUACCUGCGCACCAAACCCGAGCCCGAGGUGGAGGAGCAGGAGAAGCAGCUCAGCGUGGAGGCGGCGCGCAUCGGGCCCGAAGUGGCGCAGAAACAGAUCCAGACCUUGAACAAGUUGUGUUCCAGCCUGCUGGAGAAGCUGAGCAACCCGAGAGACGAGCGAGACGCCGAAAGCGCGGGUGAGACGCACCGCCUGCGUCCGAGCAAGUCCUGGUUCAACCCGGCCGACACCAGCGCCCUGGUGGGCGCGGUGGCGUUCGGCAAAGGCCUGUCCAAGUGCCGCCCGCCCGGUCCGGCCGGAGCCGCGGCCGGCCCGGGCGCCGCCAUGGCCGGCGGCGGCGGGCCCACCCUGCAGCAGGUCACCAUCGGGGGCGCCGCCGGCCAGCUCCCCGGGGGGCCCCCGCAGCAGCAAGGACAGCCGGGGAAGCUUCCGGGCAUCAAGACGAACAUCAAGUCGGCUUCCAUGCAUCCUUACGGCAGGUGAGGCCCCGCCCACCUGCCGAUCAGCCUCGUCGACACGCUUCCCUUUCCGGGCAAGGAAACGCCUUUUUUUUGUGUUUGUUUGUUUGAAUAAAAGCUUGAUUG